AUGACGGUGGUGACACCAACACCAACGAUCCUCCUCUUCGGAGGCUACACGGAGCCGUGGCUCGAGUCGAUCGACCGCAUCCACGAACAGGCCGGCAAAUGUGCCUGGCUGCGGCUCUUCCUCGACGACGUGGCGGCGGUCGUGAGAGCGGAGACCCGGUAUAUGCACCCAAAGAUCCGGGACAGCCUGGGUCCUAGUAGUAUCUUUUCCAGCGUUCAGGAGGUUGCAGACUUGUACCGCGAUCAUGAUGACGAUGUUGGGUUUGUGCAGUGUAUUAUGUCCUACAUUGUCCGGGCCGUGAUUCUGUUAAGAUGGGUCCAUGAUUCACCAGACGCUUUGAAAGCGAAUCCCAGACCCGAGGGACUGGGUAUCUCAGGAGGUCUGAUCAACGCCGCGCUCCUGGCCAUCUCAGACGACUUUGAAUCACUCCGUGAAGCAAGCGUUGUGACCGCCGGUUUCGUAUGUCGCCUGUGCGAGGUUGCCGGGCAGGUCUCACGAGCCGUGGAAGACGGCGGUAGCGGCAGCUCCUCCUCAUGGGGCUGUGCCGUCGUGGGCAUCACGCCCGAGAAGCUGGACGGUAUCCUCCACCAGAUCCAGGAGAGCAGCAAAGUCCCAAGUCUGAAGAGAGCGCGGGUGGGCAUCCGAGGAGACCACUGGGGCACCGUCGUCGGUCCUCCCUCGGUGCUCGACGCAUGUUUGAAGGACUCUAGAUUGGGAGAUGUCGCGACGCAGAGGCUUCCCAUCUACUCGAUGCAGCACAACCACGAGCUUUCACAAUCACAUCGCGAGUACAUUGCCGGACAAUCAGCAUUCCAUUCUAAGUCUGUCCACCCGGGAUUCCGAAUUUGGGGCCUUCGGGCUUCCGAUGAAGACGACGAUGCUGUUCCUCCGCGCUGCGCAAAUUGGGGCCACCUGCUUCUGAGCGUCGCAGACUAUGCAUUUUCAAGGCCGGUUGACUUGGUGGAGAUGGUGAAGAGGUUGAACAACCGUCUCGGUGCAGAGUCUUGCCAAGGCGUGCAACUAUUGGUAAUGGGUCCGACGUGGUUCGCCGGCUCUCUCACCAGCAAAGCUGAAAGCGACGGGAAGACGAGUUUCGGUCGCCCCGCACACCGAGCUCGGAAACGAGAGUCAUGA